AUGAGUGUCCUCGCUAGACACAUGCAUGAACCAUCUCAAGAGCAUUAUCAGGCAGCACAAUGGGUCUUACACUACCUCAAAGGCACAAAGGAUGUUGGAUUAGUUUACAGGGGAAAUAUGUUGCAAGAGCCACUGAUUGUGCAUAGUGAUGUGAACUGGGUGAGUGAUGCCACCAUUCAGAGAAGGAGUACAUUGGGGUCAGUGGCGUUAGUGUAUGGGAACCCAGUAGCCUGGAAGUCAGCUACACAAAAAUGCAUAUCACUGUCCGCUGUCAAGGCAGAGUUCAUUGCAGCCAUGGAAGCAACACAUGAGGUGCUCUUCCUCAAGCAGCUGCUACGCUUGAUUGGCAUUGCCACAGGCACCCCAACGGUCUACUCAGACAACACUGGAUGCAUACAGGUUAGUAAAGACCCAGCACAGCACUGGAAGCUUAAGCACAUCAACACCAAGUAUCACUUCAUCUGUAACAAUGAUCAAGAGGGAAGGGUGCAAAUCAAGUAUGUGGACACCACAAGGAAUUUGGCAGAUGUACUCACCAAGCCAAUCAGGAGACAGGCAAUACAGCAAGCGAGAUCUGGGCUACACCUGCAAAUACUGGCAGCAGCAUACGAAAUGGAGUCCCUGAGCUAUGCGAUGAUGUUAAAGAAUGGAGGAUAUACCUUGAAACAACAGCAUAAUGAAUGGGGUACAUAUGCUGUUGAGGGGGGGAGUUAA